AUGCUUCUCUCUAGCCUCUUCGUCCUGUCGUCGUUGGCAGUAGCCCGCGCCGCGCUCACGUACAAAGGCGUAGACUGGUCCUCGGUCAUCGUCGAGGAGAAUGCAGGAAAAUCAUACAAGACGACUAGCGGCGCCGUCGCACCCCUCGAGAGCAUCCUCGCCUCCAGCGGCGUCAACACAGUAAGACAGCGCGUCUGGGUCAACCCGUCCAAUGGCAACUACAACCUCGAUUACAACCUAAAGCUGGCGAAGCGAGCCAAGGCCGCCGGCCUGGGCGUCUACCUAGACCUGCACUUCAGCGACACGUGGGCCGACCCCAGCCACCAGGCGAUCCCGUCAGGAUGGCCUCAGGACGUCGACGACUUGGCCUAUACGCUGUACAACUACACGAUGGAGGUGUCCAACGAGUUCGCCGCGGCUGGCAUCUCGCCGUCGAUCAUCUCGAUCGGUAACGAGAUCCGCUCUGGACUGCUCUUGCCGACGGGCUCUUACAACAACUUCAACAACAUUGCGACCCUCCUCCACUCGGCGGCAUGGGGUAUCAAGGACAGCAACUUGGCCACCCAGCCGCAGAUCAUGAUUCACCUUGAUAAUGGUUGGGAUUGGGAGACCCAAAAGUGGUGGUACACUUCGGUUCUCGCUGAGGGUCCGUUGGCGACGUCUGACUUUGACAUGAUGGGGGUGUCAUAUUAUCCAGUACGUGACACUUCAUUUCAUCUCAUGGCGCAGAGUCAUCUCAACUCGGCGGCCACGCUCGCGAGUCUCAAGACCAGCCUGACCAACAUGGCCAGCACCUGGGGCAAGAAGAUCGUCGUCGCCGAGACGGACUGGCCGACGUCGUGCCCGUCGCCCGCCUAUUCCUUCCCGAGCGACCUUGCUAGCAUCCCGUUCUCGGCGACGGGCCAGACGACGUUCAUGCAGAAGGUCGCGGCCGUCGUGGCUGGGGUCAGUAACGGCGUGGGUAUAUUCUACUGGGAGCCGGCGUGGAUGGAUAACGCGGGUCUGGGAUCGUCUUGCUCGUCCAACACCAUGUUCUCGUCUGCUGGGACCGAGUUGUCCAGCUUGGACGUCUUCACCACGAUCUGA